UAUUGAUGUAUGGUAAUUUUUCGGCCGGGGGGAAUCACAUGACACAAUCGCCUUAAAAAUCGAUCAAGAUGUAUAGCGAGCCCGUUUGCGGCUCUUAGAUGGGCGAAGUCGAAGGCGCCGGAGCCGCGGAGAAGCUGCUUCCUCCUCUUCCUCCUCCUCCUUCUCCUCCACCUCCUCCUCCUCCUCCUCCUCCCCGCCGCCGUGGUCGCGGUCCAGCUGCAGACAUGACGGACUACGACGAGCGAGCGUCCAGCAUGUACCUGCCCAGCUGCACUUACUACGUCUCCACGCCCGACUUCACGUCCGUCUCCUCCUUUCUGCCCCAAAGCACCUCCUGCCAGGUGAAUUUCCCCUACUCGGCCAACAUCGGGCAACCCGUCCGCGAGGUCUCCUUCAGGGAUUACGGACUGGAGCACCCGAGCAAAUGGCACUAUCGGGGCAACUACGCGUCUUACUACUCCUCGGAGGAGCUCAUGCACCGGGAUUUGAUCCAGUCGUCCUUCAAGAGCGAGCCCAUGUACGGCGGCCCCCAGUCGGGGGCCGGGUCGCCGCGCAACCUCUUCCCCGGGGUGGGACGCAACGGGGUCCUGCCGCAGGGCUUCGACCAGUUCUUCGACGGGGAGAAAAGUACCGCGGAGGCGCCGCCGCCGCCACCACCGCCGCUGCUGCCGAGACACAAGAUCACGAAUGGCGGCCGAGGCGACGGCGGCGAGGACGGCUCCGGAGACCCCAAAGCGGACGAGCGCGCCGGGGAGGCGGCGGCCAGCGUGGACGACGACUCGUCUUCCAACUGUGGGGACAAGAGCAGCCGGCAGACCUCGUCCAGCAAGUCACGGAAGAAAAGGUGUCCCUACUCCAAGUACCAGAUCCGAGAACUUGAACGCGAGUUCUUCUUCAACGUGUACAUCAACAAAGAGAAACGCCUGCAGCUCUCGAGGAUGCUCAACCUGUCCGACCGCCAGGUCAAGAUCUGGUUCCAGAACAGAAGGAUGAAGGAGAAGAAGCUCAACCGCGACCGUCUACAGUACUUCACUGGCAAUCCGCUCUUCUAACACAAACACACGUGUACUGUGUGUGUGUGUACACGCCAAAGACUGCUCUGCUCCCUUAUACAUUAUGUCCCGUCGCCAUGUAUUUGAAAUGCCUUUUAUUUAUGAACUUCUCUUCACCCGAUCAGGAACAAAAGUAUUUUCGCCGCCAUUAUUUAUUCGCGUGUAAGGUGCAUGUCAUAUGUGGUGUCAACGUGCCAAACAAACAAAAAAAUGUUCAAGGACGCAACAAGCAGCCGACGAGGAAGCUUUGGAGAAAUGGGGCUCCUCGCGGCUUUAUUUCCCCUCCUUUCAAACACUGGAUUGUUUACUAAACCUUGAACCGUCUAGACACAAUCAUAAAAGCCGCUGUAAACGUCUAAAUAAGGGGCUAUUGGACUUUGGAGACCCCUCCGCCCCCUCCCCCUCCCGGCUCCCAUGCAGACUCUCUUUUCCUGCCUCAAAGUACAGUUGCAAAUGCCCGACGAGCUGGAGACAUUUCUAUUUAUUUUAAUUUUAUUUUUUUUGUACAUUGAUGUUGGAUAUUCGACAUGGACCAACGUGGAUGUGGACUGUGUUUUCUCACCGAACGGGGAGAGUGACCGCCUCAUUGUGACGCUGUCGGAUAAGCGCCAAUGCAUAUUUUAACAGUUCUGUGUCUAUGCAUUUUUAAUUUAAAUUGACCAAAGCGCUCACUAUCAGGAAGGAAGGAACGGGGGAGAGACAUUAAAUAAAUUUGACGAAGCGUUUCAUUGCAUUGCUAUUAAAGUCCAGCAGUGAAAUGACAGUGAAAUGACUGUGAACGUCAUUUCUCAAAUGUCCACAAGAGGGCAGCCUUGUAGUUUUGGAGAGUGCAAGGACAAAAAAAAAGCUUUGGGAUUGCUUUUCAGCUCUGUACUACGUAUGUUUCAAGAUAUAGUUAAAAAAAAUCACAUAUAAACUCUUUUUGACGUGAAUGCUGAGUGAUUAAUGCAUAAUAACGAGCAGAUAAGUACUUCCCGAUGCAAAUACUAUAACGAGUGUAAUAAUUAUUCUCAGUAUGUACAAUCUUUUUUUUUUACUUGA